CCGUCUUCCGUGGAACUCGGAGCUCUUCCUUGUUGUAGAGUGAGGAUAUUUUUCCAUAUAUUUUCAUCAUAAAAUAACAAACGUAAGAGGCUGCAUUCUGAUAAAUAAAACAGUUUCCGUGUCUCAAUUGUGGCUUUCCGCCGCAAUUCUGUUUCAUAAUUGUUUUAUUAACUUGCUGAACUGUCCUGAGAAGACCGUUGGGCGCGGUAUUUCAGCACGGGAGCUGUCCAAGCCUGUACACUGCCUGCGCAGUCAAGAUCGAGCGUGAGACUGCACUCCUGCUCCAUUGACCGCUGAAGGCGCAUCAUCACUUUGCUUCGGCUCGAGUUUUUUCACGUAUUUUUCUUUCGGUUGGUUUGUGACGUGUUAUAAAAUAUACGACGCAUACUGUUAGCAGCAGAGGGGAGCCUGGCCAUGCUGUGCGGACGCCUCUGAAGAAAAAUAAGGGAAAAGACAGCCUUGACUCAAGGAGCAAAGUCGGAACCCAUCCCAGAAAUGGGCGUAUUGAUGUCCAGGAAGCAGCAGGUGGAGAAGGUGCAGAAGUGCAGCGUGGUGGUCUCUGCCUUUAAGGAGGGGCUGAGGGACCGCCCCUCCGCUGCCCCGCCCUCUGAGGACCCCCUGGAGGCGGAGGACACGCCCGGCGAGCCAGAGGGGGCGGCCCCGCCCAAAGAGGAGGAGGAGGAGAAGGAGGAGGUCCAGAAGGAGGAGGACGACAAACCCUGCGCCUCCACUUCCCAGCAUGCAUCGGCCCAGCAGAGGGAGGACUGCCGGAUCAACCAGGAGGCCUGGUCCCGCCUGCGGGAUGGGAAGGGGGUGGAGCCCGAGGAUCUGGACCGGGCCAAUCAGCUCACGCCUCCGGCCUUCGUCAGGCCCAAGAGGGACAUCAACGACGACCAGCCCUUAGACAUCGAGCUGGGCCAGAGAGAGCAGCCGGUGAACGAUGAGAUGUGUGAGAUCUGCGAGGUGUGGACGGCGGACGACCUGUUCCCCUGCCGGAUCUGCACCCGGGUCUUCCACGACGGCUGCCUGCGUGAGAUGGGCUACCUGAGCGCAGAGAACGUGCCGGAAAUGAGGGACGCUGCCUGCUCCGCCCCCGGCUGGAGCUGCUACUACUGCGACAAUGUCAACUUGCUGCUCACAGAGGAGGAGAUGUACAGUCUCAUGGAGACCUUCAAACAGUGCAAGAUCAUACCAGAGUCCUGCUUAGUAGCGGAUGAGGUCCUGCAGUACAAGCACUUUGUGUCCAAGCGGCUGUUUGAGAAGGACCUGUCGGACGAGCAGGAGGAAGAGGUUCUGGCCCAGUUCUCCGCCCUGGACCCGGAGAAGAAGGGGCAGAUCGAGUGGUCCGACUUCCUGUACCACGAGUCCCUGGGCGUGCUAAGCAAGUUCCGCACUGAGAACUCUCUAGUGCGGCUGCUGACUGCAAAAGAGAGGGAGAGGGCCAGGGCGGUUUUCCUGGGUUUGGACCAGGACAAAGAUGGCGUGAUUACGGGUGGGGACGUCCGCAGGGCACAGCAGUCCUGGUUCCAGAAGCACAGCAAGGAGUCCCAGUCAUGCAACGUCAGUAUCAGCCAUGUUGGACCCAUUUCAGAGAACAGCCCAGCCAGCUCCAGCAGUGAGAAGAGCAGGGAGAAGGAUGACAACAGACAGGUGACCUGGCGGCAGUUUGUGCAGGAGAGCUCUCUCUACAUCCUGGCAGCUCGGCCCAACAGCCCCGCCCUCCACCUCCGCCCCCUGCUGUGAUGCCCCAGGGUCAACUCAAGUCCUUGGGAGGGAGGGAGGGAGGGAGGGAGAGGAGAGAGAGUGGGGGAGUAAUAGAAAAAUUGAGUAGAGAGAGAUGGUGUAGCGAAAGAGAGAGCGAGAGAAGAAUAGUGAAUGAGAAAAAUAUGUAAUAUGGAAUAAAGAGGGAGAGGGAGAGGGAGAAUAAUAAAGAGAACUGCGACAGAACGAGAGAGAGUGGGAGCGAGAGAGUAAUGUUGGGAAGGUCACAGCCAAUGGCAGGCGCCCUGCUCAGUUUUAAGGACAGAUGGUCCAUUGCUUCUGCAGAGAUGCGUUCUUUCCUCGAGCCACAGAGACACGGGAGCUCAUAUAGAGACACUGCAGUCAGCCGGGUGCCAAUGUCAGCCAUCAACGUCAUGAACACGGAAACAACGCUCAUCACGUGUACGCGUGCGGGACUGUAAAGGAUAUAAGAAGUGUUUAGUCUCUUUACUUUCCGAAUGAUGUGAAAUGAAGUAUUCGUUCCUCCCUUUGAAAGGGGGAAAGUGUUCUUAUAUCUAAGGUCAGUGUUACUGUCGAUAUGUCCACAAGUAUGACUGCAGUGCCUGUCACAGUAUUAUUCCAUCACUUAAGUCUACUCCAGAAAAAAGAGUCUGUGCUGUACAGUAUGAACAAACACUGGAAUUACAGUGGGAGACGAAGACUGGCUUGUCCCUGUGCUAGAGAGGACCUGAAUCCAUUCGCACAGUGGGACUUCACUGGAUGGCUGGAUACUCUUUGCACUUUUUUAAAAUUGUUAGCAUUAUGCAUCUGAAAUUAAUAGAUAUGUAUUGUAACAGGUGAAAAUAGCUCAUUGGCGUGUGCCAGGAAAAAAAGUUAUGUUUCUUUUUGGUUUUUUUGCGGAUGUGACAACAAUUGCAACACUUGGAUAAAUGCAUCAGUACUGAAUUAAAAAUACAUGCUGUCAUUUUU